GCUUCAGCCUCCCCCCACCCCAAGUCUCUCUGGCAUCUCCCAUCCCGAUUGCUGCAGUGACACUGGGUUCGAGCACCCACAUGUAGCGGCAGGGAGACCCCUGUCGUAGCUUCGGCCUCGGGGUGGGCAGGCAGAUACCCCCGCAGAGCUUUCCUCUGCCAGGCACCCCAGUUCAGCCUCCUCUCUCCCGAGCUCCUGGCCCUCAGGCGCUGCGGUGAGGAGACCCCUCCUGGCAUUGCUCGAUGCCCCUCUGGGCUGAGCGCACCCUGAGCCAGCUGGGAAGCGGCCGGUGAGUCCAGCAUCCGGGGACUGCUGUGCCACUUGGCCACUGCCCUGCCGUCCUUGUGUACAGCACCGAGCGCGGCCGGCCCUACUGCAGCCGUCGUCUGUCACGUGGCCGGGGUCCUAAUGACCCCCCUCUGUGCAGGUGCAGGGGCUGGUGAGGUUUGUUGACCACCCUCAGCAAGCUCUCUCAGGCUUCCUACCCUGGACUGCAGCAGGGCUCGCCCUGCAUUUAUGAGGGAGCAGCAUGCUGAGGGGUCUGGGUCAUGUCCUGCCAGGCCAGGAAGGGGCCUGGAGCUCCCCCCCCGCCUGUCCUGAUGCCCCGGCAGGUUGGAGGGCAGGCUGGGACUUCCCUGUAUCUUCCAAGAAGCCUGGAGCCUGCGGGGGAGCUGUCUCAAGGCCCCAAAACCAGGCUCCAUGGGUGAGCUGCUGCCAGGCCCCUUCCCUGCCUGAGCCCUCGGUUCGGCCUCUCCUGCUUCCCUGCCCUCUACCCUGGCUCCGUCGCCUGCGCUCGGUGGCUCUCGCUGGUCAGAUGUGGGGUCCCCCAGCCGCCAUCUGGCUGGUCCCCUGGGCCCAAUCCUGCAAGUGUGGGGAGCUCCAGCCCUUGAAGCAUCCCUACAUCACUCAGGGACGUGCUGGGGCCUCGGGAAGGGGCCCAGCUCCCAGGGAGGCUCAUGGAGCCCGGGCUCAGCUCCCCUCUGCCUCGUGCAGCCAUGGUCAGUCCAGAACAGGACCCCGGCAGAGACUUUCCGGACUGGUCUCUUCUACCACUGCUGCCCUGGGCUGGGAGCACAAGGGGGUGGGACACCCGGCUGCUAUCAGAAGGACCCGCCUGCUCCCGUGGGUUGCGAGUGGAUCUGAGAAGCACUUAGGCCUGUGCGUGUGUGGCGGGGGGUGGGGUCUGUGCCCCGGCCCCGCAUGAAAUCUCAGGUCCCAUCAGCCUCGCAGUGACCUGCAGCCUCCGCUUUGAGGGGGCUCCUCCAGGGUCUGGUGACAUCAGCCCUCCCUGCGGGCUAGCAUGCAGAGCUGCCUCUCUGGGUCCCAGGCUGGCUUCUCCCCCUGCUUUGCGGUGUCGGAGCGGCCGGAGCCCCCGGCAGCAACGCGGCGCCUACGUCUUUAAAGCUUUCCCCAGCCCCGUUUGAAUGAGCGCGAGGGGGGGGCGCCCGGCUAUUGGCAGAGCUCCCCGUGACAUCCCUCCCGACAGCCCGGCUGAGCUGCGCUUCCCUGCGCCCGGCACAGCCGUCGGCUCCGAAGUGGCCGCGGAUCCAGGGCCGGAGGGAAGGAGGGGGUCAACUUCCACCCAGCUGACCAUUCCCCAGCAAGAUCCCUCUCGCGGCAGGGCCAGCCAUGGAGUCACCGUUGAGCUGGGGGAAGAGCUGACGUGCCCGAGCCCAGAGCGCCGGCGCCCAUCACCGCGCCGCGCUGUGCCCGCCAUGUCGAGCAGCCCCGCAACACCAGAAAACCUGGAGAUCAUGAAGGAGGCGGAGAAGCGGCUGGGGGACGAGCCAACACACAAGGCCAAGUUCGCGAUGCGGUCGCCGAGCAAGGAGGAGGCAGACAAGGACGGGGAGGAGCCCGGUGUGCGGCAGGAAGCUCAGAGGCGACCGUCAAACCACGGGCACAACAGGAAACGAGCCAAGUCCAACUCGAAGCUGAAGCUGGUGCGGAGCCUGGCCGUGUGUGAGGAGUCCACCAGCCCCUUCGUGGAUGGGCUGCUGGAGCCCCAGGACAUCAUCCAGCUCCAUGUCAGUUGCCCCUCGGACAAGGAGGAGGAGAAAUCGGCAAAGGACGGAGCCGAGAAGGAGGAAAAGGGCAAGGAGAAGGCGCCACGCAAGAUGCUCUCACGAGACUCCAGCCAAGAGUACACGGACUCCACCGGCAUCGACCUGCACGAAUUCCUAGUAAAUACACUGAAAAAAAACCCAAGGGAUCGAAUGAUGCUGCUAAAGUUAGAACAGGAAAUCCUGGAGUUCAUUAGCGAUAACAACAAUCAGUUCAAGAAGUUCCCUCAGAUGACCUCGUACCACCGCAUGCUGCUACACCGCGUUGCCGCCUACUUUGGCAUGGACCACAACGUGGACCAGACCGGCAAGGCCGUCAUCAUCAACAAGACUGGCAACACUCGCAUCCCGGAGCAGCGCUUCUCAGAGCACAUCAAGGAUGAGAAGAGCGCAGAGUUCCCCCAGCGCUUCAUCCUCAAACGGGAUGACGCCAGCAUGGACCGGGAUGAGAACCAGAUGCGGCUCCCAUUGCAGGAUGGGCGGCGGAGCAAGUCCAUCGAGGAGCGCGAAGAGGAGUACCAGCGCGUCCGCGAGCGCAUCUUCGCCCGUGAGGAACGCCAGAACGGCUACCUGACCGACAGCAGACUCGCCCAAGACGCCUUGUCCUGUAGCUCGCACAAAAGGCGCCAGAUCUUUAGGGGAAACCGGGACGGGCUGCCCCGGCCCCCGGGCAGCCGGCAGAGCAGCACAGAGAGCGAGCUGAAGUCACUGGAGCCGCGACCCUGGAGCAGCACUGACUCAGAUGGCUCGGCCCGGAGCCUGCGCCCGCCUGUCACCAAGGCCAGCAGCUUCAGCGGCAUCUCCAUCCUCACCCGCGGUGACAGCAUCGGCAGCAGCAAGGGUGCUGGGGCCAGCCGGGCGGCCAGGCCAGGUCUGAUGCUGGCCACCCCGGAGCCUGGCAGCCCAGCGGCCACAUCCCAGCCAGGGCGCGGGGGGCUCCUGCCCUGUUCUGCCCAGCCCCAACCACAGCCCCCGCCUCGCGCGAUGAGCAACCACCUCCUGUCGCAGCCUGUCCCAGCCCUGCAGCCUGUUCAGUACUCUCCAAGCUCCUGCCCCCAAGUCCUCCUGCCCGUGUCUCCGUCCCAGCAGUACAACAUGGCCGAGGAGCUCAGCACCCCUUUCGGGCAGAUCAGCCUCAGCCGCCAGGGCUCCACGGAGGCUCCAGACCCCUCCCCCAGUGCCCUCUUCCAGCCCCCGCUCCUCUCCCAGCCCCCGCAGCAGACGGGCUUCAUCAUGGCCUCACCCGGGCAGCCUGGAGCCCCCUCCAGCUACUCCGCCUCGGGGCACACGGCCACCACCCAGCAGGUCCUGCAGCCCCAGGGCUACAUCCAGCCGCCCCAGCAAAUUCAGGUCUCAUACUACCCUCCUGGGCAGUACCCCAGCUCCAGCCAGCAAUACCGCACCCUGAGCCAUCCUGUGGCAUACAGCCCUCAGCGCAGCCAGCAGCUCCCCCAGCAGUCACAGCAGCCUGGGCUGCAGCCCGUGAUGUCCGGCCAGCAGCAGCCAUACCAGGGCGUGAUGGGGGUGCAGCAGUCCCAGACCCCCGGCCUCCUUGGCAGCCAGCGCAGCAGCGUCGGGGGGCAGAUGCAGGGGCUGAUGGUCCAGUACACACCACUGCCUUCCUACCAGGUGCCGGUGGGCUCAGAGGCGCAGGGCGUGGUGCAGCAGCCGUUCCAGCAGCAGGUGCUGGUGCCCGCCAGCCAGUCGGUGCAGGGUGGGCUGCAGGCCGGGGGGCUGCCUGUCUACUACAGCGUCAUCCCCACGGCCCAGCAGAACGGGACCAGCUCGUCUGUUGGGUUCCUGCAGCCGCCCGGCAUCGAGCAGUACCAGCUGCCCCAGUCCCCAUCGCCCUGCAGCCCGCCACAGAUGCAGCAGCAGUAUUCAGCCCAGGCCAGCACCCAGCUGAGCAGCCCCAUCACAUCCCCCACCCAGUCCCCGACGCCGUCGCCCGUCACCAGCCUCAGCAGCGUCUGCCCGGGGCUGAGCCCCCUCCCCGUCCUCGCCCAGUUCCCCCGGCCCGUGGGCCCAGCACAAGGCGACGGGCGCUACUCGCUGCUGGGGCAGCCUCUGCAGUACAACCUGGCACUGUGCCCCCCCCCGCUGCUGCACAGCCAGCCCGGCUACACCUCGCACCAGAGCCAGACAGGAAUGAAGCACGGGAACAGGGGCAAGAGGCAGGCCCUCAAGUCCGCAUCCACUGACCUCGGGACCAGCGAUGUAGUGCCGGGCCGUGUGCUGGAGGUGACGGACCUGCCCGAGGGCAUCACGCGCAGCGAGGCCGACAAGCUCUUCACGCAGCUGGCUAUGGCGGGCGCCAAGAUCCAGUGGCUGAAGGAGACGCGGGGCCGGCGCGGGGCAGGCGCGGGGGCCGGGGACGGGCGCGCGGGGCCUGAGAACGGGCGGCACCCCGACCUCAUGGGGCAGUCCCCCAAGCUGUGCCCUGGCCCCCAUGAGUGUGGCCAGCCCCCGCCCAGCUCGGGUUUCACUGUCAUGCGGGCGCAGCUGUCCUGGCCCGUCCGCGGGCACCGCCUGGAGCUGGAGUGA